GUGAAACAACCCCUGUGGCACGUGUGGUAUUUCCCUGAUUGUGCUAGCGGCUCAUACGUCAUACGUUGUGUGACAUUUCUGGUGGCAGCGGUGGGAUAUGGAUGCUAGCACAUCAGGGAACUACUUGGACCUUACAGCUCAUGAGCUCUCUGAGCUCCAGCUACCCACGCUACAACGGCUCUGCCACCGGUGGGGUAUUGACCCAGAGGGGAAGCGGAGACACGAGCUGAUGGAGCUACUCACUCCCCAUGCUCAGCCUACCCAAGAAGGCGACACCCAGGGGGACCCGGAGACUCCUGAGGGGGGAGAAGAGAUUUGUAACUUGCAUCAAGAUGCAGUGGGGGGAGGUGAGGACAGCACUCUCACUAUGUUCCAUAAACACUUAGCUGCUAUUGGCCCAGGCCUGUCCCCAGCAGAACGGCUAGAGGUAUGGCGCCUAACUUUGCAGGCCAAUCAGCCUGGGCCCUUGAGCUCUGGGCCUGCUGUGGGGUCACCCAAUGCUCAGCGGCGAGUGGUGAAAUUAACUCAUGCUGCUUUCCCCACAUUUGAUGAAUCUAAGCAGAGCAUAGACGGUUUCCUUCGCUCCUUUGAAGGUUUGUGUGAGGACCACCGAGUCCCUCAGGAGGAGUGGGUGCUUAUACUGGCGGGUAAGCUCACAGGUAAAGCUAAUGAAGUUUAUCAGGAAAUCCCAUAUCCUCAGAGGGCGAAUUAUGGGGAAGUACGGCGGAUACUUUUAGCCAGCUAUUCCAUUACGCCGGAUUCCUACCGGAGAACAUUCCGUAGCUUGGUUAAAAUCCCUCAAGAUACCUACCAGAACUUUGGUGGGAAACUACAAAGGGCAUUUCGCCACUGGAUACGCGGCAACAAGACCCACACUCUGGAAGAUUUAUGCCAGCUUAUCCUUAAGGAACAAUUCCUUGAACGAUGCCCCACUGAGGUACGGGAGUGGGUAAGUGACCGCAAGCCAGGCACCCUAGAUGAGGCCACCCAGCUAGCGGAUGAGUAUAUUGAGAACCGCUCCCAGGCCCGCCCCCUUACCCUUGCUUCAGGUACUAUGGUCAACGCCUGUGGUCUGGACUGCCCCCAGCCUCUGCGGUUAAACCAUUUACCUAAUCGCACCCUCUCAGCACCUACUCGCGCAGCCACACCCCGGACCUGUUUCCGUUGUGGAUCUCUGGCCCAUUUAUCUCCAGCCUGCCCUUUAAAUCUACGUCCUGCCCCGCCAGGGCCCACAGGGAGGCUCUCUGCACCUCGGCAGGUCGCUGCUGUCUCUUCACCAGGACCCAAUAUUCGUCAGCAGGUUAUCCAGACAGUACGGCAGCUUACCACAGACCCAGCGGUUGCCCCUCCCAGGCCGAGAGAGGAUGUAAUAGAGGAAUAUGUUGUCUUGGGGAUGGGCUGGAACAACAGUGGACAGCCCAGAAAACAUGUACUUCCUGUCAGGAUCAAUGGUAGGCAGGUGGAGGGGUUCUUAGACUCAGGAUCAUUUAUUACCCUAGUGGAGCCCCAUAUUGUCUCUGCAGAUGCAGUGAUUCCUGGCAAAACUGCCCGCAUUGUUCUGGCUGGGGGGCACAAACAAGAUAUUCCCAUAGCCCAGGUCACCUUGGAUCUAGGACACGGACCGUUUACUCAUCGAGUUGGCAUACUGCGACAACUGCCUGCUGAGAUCCUCCUGGGCAAUGAUGUGGGCCAUAUUGAAUGCAGCCUCUCCCGAGAUACUAAUGAAGCCAACGCUGUCUCCAUGGAUGCGCCACAAGGGAUCUGACAAGUCGCCAACGUUCUCGAACCAUUGUGUGGCCCCCAGAAUGUGAGUCAGCCAUGAACGCUCUAAAGCAAGCUCUGGCUAGUUCCCCUGUGCUGGCGGCCCCAGAUUUCUCCCGGUGCUUCAUUUUGCAGACUGAUGCUU